UGAUAAAGCCACCGAAAAUUAUGGCCUUGUUAGGAGGAGAAAGAAAAGGAGGAUGAGAGCUUUGUGCCCUUCAAGCGAGUGAUUAGUUGUCUGGAUAAACGGAGUGUCAUAGAUGGAGUAAACUAGCGUGUAGGAAUCACCUUACACCUUAAAAGCGGAAGUGGGAGGCAUGGGUGAAGUUAGGGUCCUAAUUUGUUUCUUACUCGGAACAACAAACGGUUCACCUUUUUAGGUCAUCUGGGACCAAAGCAGGGCAAGUCUGGGCACCCGAAGGGUCUACCGCUUUCAAAUGUCUGCUGUCUGCAAGGUUAUGUGCUGCCCUCCUGAGUAACAUCUCUGAUUGUGAUGAAACAUUCAACUACUGGGAACCAGUAGACACACUACCUCAUCUAUGGAAAGGGGUUUCAGACUUGGGAAUAUUCCCCCGUUUAUGCCAUUCGCUCCUAUGCUUACCUGUUGCUUCAUGCCUGGCCAGCUGCGUUUCAUGCAAGAAUUCUACAAACUAAUAAGAUUCUUGUCUUUUACUUUGUACGAUGUCUCCUGGCUUUUGCGAGCUGUAUCUGUGAACUUUACUUUUAUAAGGCUGUGUGCAAGAAGUUUGGGCUGCAUGUGAGUCGAAUGAUGCUAGCCUUCUUGGUUCUCAGCACUGGCAUGUUUUGUUCAUCCUCAGCAUUCCUCCCUAGCAGCUUCUGUAUGUACACCACCCUGAUCGCCAUGGCCGGCUGGUACAUGGACAAGACUUCCAUCGCCGUACUGGGAGCAGCCGCCGGGGCGAUCGUAGGCUGGCCAUUCAGUGCUGCACUUGGUUUACCUAUUGCCUUUGAUUUUCUGGUCAUGAAACGCAGAUGGAAGAGUUUCUUUCAUUGGUCACUGGUGGCCCUGAUACUCUUUCUGGUGCCAGUGGUGGUCAUUGACAGCUACUAUUAUGGAAAGUUGGUGGUUACACCACUCAACAUUGUUUUGUAUAAUGUUUUUACGCCUCAUGGACCUGAUCUUUAUGGUACAGAGCCCUGGCAUUUCUAUCUGAUUAACGGAUUUCUGAAUUUUAACGUGGCCUUCGCAUUGGCUCUCCUUGCCUUACCGUUGACCUCUCUCAUGGAGCGCCUGCUGCGGAGAUUUCACGUUCAGAAUUUAGGCCACCCAUAUUGGCUUACCUUGGCUCCAAUGUAUAUUUGGUUUAUAAUUUUCUUCAUCCAGCCUCACAAAGAGGAGAGAUUUCUUUUCCCCGUGUACCCUCUUAUAUGUCUGUGUGGCGCUGUGGCCCUUUCUGCACUUCAGAAAUGUUAUCACUUCGUGUUUCAGCGAUACCGCCUGGAGCAUUACACUGUGACUUCAAGUUGGCUGGCAUUAGGGACACUCCUCCUGUUUGGGCUCUUAUCCUUUUCUCGCUCGGUGGCGCUGUUCAGAGGGUACCAUGGGCCCCUUGACUUGUAUCCAGAAUUUCACCGCAUUGCCACGGACCCUGCCGUCCACACUGUCCCAGAAGGCAGGCCUGUGAAUGUCUGUGUAGGAAAAGAGUGGUAUCGAUUUCCCAGCAGCUUCCUUCUGCCUGAUAAUUGGCAGCUUCAGUUCAUUCCAUCAGAGUUCAGGGGCCAGUUACCAAAACCUUUUGCAGAGGGACCGUUGGCCACCCGGAUUGUUCCUCCUGACAUGAAUGACCAGAACCUGGAGGAGCCAUCCCGAUAUGUUGACAUCAGUAAGUGCCAUUAUCUAGUGGAUUUGGACACCAUGAGAGAGACACCCCAGGAGCCGAAAUACUCGUCCAAUAGAGAAGAAUGGCUCAGCUUGGCCUACAGACCAUUCCUUGAUGCUUCUAGAUCUUCAAAGCUGCUGCGGGCAUUCUACAUCCCCUUCCUGUCAGAUCAGUAUACAGUGUAUGCAAACUACAGCAUCCUCAAACCCCGGAAAGCAAAGCAAGUCAGGAAGAAAGGUGGAGGUUAGCAUCACGCCUGUGGCCCUGAAGGCAACCAUCCUGUUAACUAGGGGCUCCACCAAUGGGACUCCCAGGCUUCGCCUGUGGCAUUUGUAAUAAAGGCUGUCCGACUCAAAUACUGGCAUCUGGGGUGCUUUGACCUGGUCUAACUCACUUCCUGCCUGUGUCUCUGUUCUGCAUGUAAACUUUUUGCAGCUAGGCCGAGGAAGGCCCUACAGUCCAGGUAGAUACCCUUGUUCUGUUCAGUUAUUUAGUCGACUGGAGAAGAGCAGAACCAACUUACAAGAAGAACAGAAAACGCUGAACUGGGCGCUGCGUCAAGCUGCUGUCCGUACUCGGGCUGGCAUCUGAGGACCGGCAAGCCUCUCUUUGCACAUACGUGCUUCUCCUCCGGAGCUUUUGGGCGCCCCUGGCAGACCUCGCAGUGCAGGCGCUAGUGCGAGCGUGAGCGCGGCGUGGUCGCCGGCCUGCACGUCCCUUUCACCUCCAGCAAGGCCGAGGCUCCCUGAAGCUCUCCCAGGACUAGGGCGGUCCUGGAGGCGCCUCAGGAAAAAGGCGGCCAUCUGAGGGACUGCGACCUGACUCCAUUGUAUAAGAUGUCUCUUGUUUCCUUUACAACAAACUGUGAUUAUAUGGCAUUUUUGUUUGUUUUAAGUGUUAGCAUGCUAUUUUUUAAUUGAAGACCCAUGUAAAAGUAUCAACAGGCCAGACCACAGCUAUACAGGAGGUAUUUGGAGAAAGUUAAUGCUGUCAGUUGGUUGAUUUGGAUGACAUUGGCAUUUUUUAGUAAUGUAUUCUGAAGCUAUUUCUGAGGAGAUUAAGAAUUUCCUUUUUUUUACAGCCCUAGUGAAAAAGACAAGUAUAUGUUUAUAGCACCUGUUUUUGAGUCUGUCUGUUGCAAAGCUGAUCCUGCAUGGGGCACUAGUCAGAUGGGCAGUGGUGAGGACCUAGCAAGCUUUGUAAGUAUAUACUGUUAGUUUACCUUUGUGUAUAGUGUUUCAUAGUUUGCAAAGACUUUGACAUUAUCUCUUUUGAUUCUCACCAUCACAGCAUUAGGCAGACAAAGCAAGUAGUUUUGUCCCCAUUUUACAGAUGAAGAAACUGAGACUAUGGAGAGGUGAAGUGGGCUGCCCGAGGUCACACGCCAGUAAGUGGCAGAGCAGGCCUAGAACCUAGGCCGCCUAACCUCCCAUCUGGUGCUUUCCCAGACAUCCUCUCGAUGGGAAAGCAUCACUUGGAAGGGUGGUGAUGUUGGCCAGAGACCUGAUUGGUAAUGUACCUUUCCAUUUUAAGGAAGAAUGUUAUCUUCGUGUCUGCAUGUCAGAGCCCCCAGCCUGCCUGUUGGUUAGGCCGUCUCAGCGGCGCUCCACAAUUCUGCCCAGCCUGCAGCAGGGAGGGGGCGCUCACGCUGGGAAGUCAUUCUGUCAGCCGUGCAGGGACCCGUUGUCAGUCUCAGGUCACAGUAUACUGGCCUUAUCCCCUUAGGGUACUUGUGUCUGUUAUCUGCAAAUAGGAUGAGUCUGCUUUUCAAAGUUUUCGUCUUUCAUUUUUCAAAGAGAAGGGCUUUUCAGUAGGAACUGAUCCCAAGAGAGGAGUAAAGCAAUAAGGGAAGAAAUGUUUCCAUAUAGAAGUCUCCUCUGUCAUUCCUGAUUCCCUCUAGUGGGGUGUCUUCAACGGGAUUGAAGCACCGGGAGGCAAUGGAUCUAGACAGCAUAGGGUGGUGACUGAAGGGUGAAGACAGACAGCUCCCAUUUGCUGCUUUGAAGACUGCAGGCAUUUAAUUCUCAAAACUUGAUUACUAUUUUCCAAGGCAGAUACUGGCCUGUGUGGUCUGACUACAGGUUAGAGGAUGCUCAGUGAAAUUUCCUGCAGUAAUAGCAUACAGUCCUUCACAGUGGCUAAGGCUUCUACUUUUUGCAGAGGUAAGAGUCUAGUAGUAGAGAUCUGUGAUGAGUGGCCUUUUUCUAAUGAAUGAUAUGAUGCCAGUUUAUUUUGUCAUCUUGCAUGUUUAAACAAAAAGCUUUUUGACCAAGAACUUACUGUAACAGCACAAAAAGGUCAUGGCUGGUCCGCAGUUCCUUGGGAAUGACAGUUCCUGCCCCUUCUAAAACCUGGUUCUCGUUUCCUCUGCUCUCUGUCUAUCUUUAGUGGGAGCACAGUAAAUUUCGUAAUACAGUGUCAGAUGCUAUAGGUAAGAGAUAUAAAUGUGAAUGCUUUUUAUUGUGAAGCUGGUUUUCCAUGUGAUACUAUAUAAACACAGUUAAAAAUCUUCAUCUGAGCAACACAGGGAAUUUUAGCUUUCCCUGGAAGAGUUUCAAAAUUCCUGGUCAGAGUAGCACGUCUCCUCCAGAGAACGGGUGUCCAGCAUGAGCCGACUGCUCUGCUCACUGUAAGGUUAAAGUAAGGCACUUGUUUCUCCAUAGAUGGUUAAGUAUUAAGAAAGAAGGACUACAGAUGAUUGGUAAUAACCUUUGAUUAUGGCUGACGAAGGGAGUGUGUAUAAUGGGUGAUGCCCGAGCUCUAAUCUCUAGAUCUUGAGCAGCCUUACCCAGACACCAGAUCUUAAUGACACCGAGUCCCAUUCCUUGCCAGACGGCACAGCUGGCAUCCAUUAACCAAAGGUCACUGGCUACCUGCUAGGUGUCAUCUCUUAGGAAAGAAGACUGGUCAUUUUAAUCCCUUAGGAUAAUCACAGAAAAUUGAAGCACAUACUAUUACUGAAUUCAAGUUUAGAAACAGAUUCUUUGUUUUCAAUCAAGGUGGGUCUUGAUCCCAACCAUGUGUUUAUGUGGGUCAUUUUUCCUAGGUUGGAGUUCUGGGAAAGAACCUUGAAAACCCAUGUGAUUCCAGAGCAUCAGAUCUGGAGCAACCAUCUGGGCAAAGCACCAACUGGAGACCCUUUGCUGUGUCUUGUGUCUCAUGGGAUUUAUUGAAAAAAGAAUUCACUGUGAUCUUGCUGUCUUCUAUCCAAUGUCAGACAGCUUUGCCUUUAAUUUAGUUAACUUUCCUUUCUCUGAAGAGGGAAAAGAGCCCCAAUUCAUUCUUUGCCUCCACAAGAAUAUUAAAGCUCAUGUGUCAGUUCAGUCUUAGGCUCCUGCAUUCAGUGCCUGGGUGAACGGGUUGGCGGACGUGUGCUCAGUGUUAAAUUCUUUGCAACAGAAAGAUCAGACUUCCAUAUGGCAUUGUGGAGUCCCAGGGCCUUUCUGGUGUUUCAGUCUAAACGGACAUCGCCUUCUGUGUCUCCAGCGCACAUAGCCACGUGAUCGGCACCUCACUUGAGAUCGGGAGGCAGUGUGGUGCGUUGGAGCAAUUGCAUUGUCCAAUUCUUCUGCGUUCCUGAUCUGUGCACACUAUUUCACAUGCACUUCUUUCCAUUACAUGUUUGUAUUUUCUGUAAAAGAAAAAGUUAAAUAAAUCUUGGUAGUUUGA